AUGCUCCCUCCUCUUCUCAUUGCCCGUAUCAUCUUCCACGAUUCUUGCGACCAAUGCGAAGCUGCCGAAGUACUCUGCACCUGGUCCACUUCAACCCCGCACCUCGUCCCAGUCGCCUGUGAUCCCUGUCUAGCCAAGCUUGUUCGCAACGGCUGUACCUACCACUUUCUCUCCACCACAGGCGCUCUUCUUUUCGGUACCUCCGACCCCAUGUAUGCCUCCGCCUUCCUUGGCUAUAACGGCUUUCACAUCAGAACCGCUCUAUCCACUCUCGACCACCGCUGCACUGAAGCCAUGAUCAAUUGGUUCGCAUCUCACGCCGAUCCUACUCGUUUUGAAAUCCUCGCAUCCGCCUCCCAAGAUUACGCCGUCGCCUUCCCUGGCGGUCUUCGUCCCUUUUUCAAUUACUCCCAUCCACUCAUGCCAUCACGUCUUCUGCUCUCCGAACGAGUCAUGCAAUGGAUCAAGUCCUCCGGCCUCAACCCUCCCGUAGAACCUUGUCUCAUCGUCCAUGAGCCUCUUAUAUUCCCUCUCCUUCCACGUCAACACCAACCACCUGCCUGGCGACCGAAUCCCCAUUCCUGGCGACACACCUCCACAUCCAACAUCCCACUCUCAUUCCCGGCUUUCGAUGAAUCCCAGAUUUGUUGGGAUAUCAGCGCUACGGAGAACGUGCAGUUUCAUCACAUGGAAUCAAAUGUCCAACAGAUUCCUAAGGAUGCCUACGCCGACCAAGCGCAGCUUCUCGCCUUGAACCUUCUCCGCCUUGAGUUCCUUGUACUCCACGGCUCCUACAGCAUAGAUCGUCCCAUCGCCUGGGUUUACCGUCGCAUGCUCACCGUCAUCGACAAUGAGGAACGCAUCACCGGACAACCCUUUCUAGCAUAUGUCCACGAUCUCGAUCCCACAGCUCUUCGUACCUUGCAUCCCGUUCAGCAUGCUGAUGUAUACGAAAACACCAGCAAAGGUAUCGGAGAGCUUUCUCAUGAGAUCCUCCACCACGCCUUCCGAGCCGUCACAGGGCGCUAUAACGUCAAAGGCCCUAUCUCCCAGCAACGAAGUCUGGCUGUAUACUCCACCCGCUUUGCAGACAUUUUGAACCGGGAAUCUGCCGCCCCUUGUGUCGCCUAUGUUUAUCAUGCAACGCGGCUCGACUUCGCCUGUAAUCGGGGGAAUGCCAAUAUCGAACCCCACGCCAUGUGA